CCACAAGAGGCAUUGUAGAUUUGCAUUAUAUAUAUGAUCCCUCCCUCUUGGAGAACCUCACCAAUCCACACAAUACAAUCAACAUAUCAAAUUGCUAAAACACACAAUAACAACCAAAAUGGAUUCUCUUCCCCACGUAGUAGAGGACUGCAUGGGCUUCCUCCAACUCUUCAGCGACGGCUCCGUCCACCGUUCCAACGACAUCAAAUUCCACGCCGCCGCCGUCGAAGACAACUCUGUCACCUUCAAGGACUGCCUCUUUGACAAGAAAUUCAACCUCUCUCUCCGCCUCUACAAACCCUCUUCACAAAACACCAACAACAGCAAUCACAACAAGAACAUGAAACUUCCUAUGAUUAUGUUUCUCCACGGUGGAGGCUUCUGUUUUGGCUCGCGCACGUGGCCCCACAUUCACAACUGCUGCAUGCGCCUCGCCUCGGGCCUCCAGGCCAUGGUGGUUGCGCCGGACUACCGCCUUGCCCCGGAGCACCGGCUUCCUGCGGCAGUGGACGACGCCGUGGAGGCCGUGAGGUGGCUACAGAGGCUAGGGCUGAGCUUCAAGGAGGGUGGUGGGGAUGAGUGGUUGAGUCGCUGCGGCGUUGACUUUGACCGCAUGUUCAUCAUGGGUGACUCGUCUGGCGGGAACAUCGCGCACCAUCUAGCGGUUCAGUUCGGACCCGGUUCGCAUGAGCUGGACCCGGUUCGGAUACGUGGUUACGUUUUGUUGGCGCCGUUUUUUGGUGGCGAGGUUCGAACCAAGUCCGAGGAAGGUCCUCCUGAACGAGUGUUGGACCUGGAUUUAUUAGACAGAUUUUGGAGGCUGUCAAUGCCAGUUGGAGUGAGCAGAGACCACCCAUUGGCGAAUCCUUUCGGACCAGAUAGUCCAAAUCUUGGAGAACUAAAUCUUGAGCCAAUUUUGGUGAUAGUUGGAGGUAAUGAAUUGCUAAAGGAUAGAGCAGCAGAUUAUGCAACAAGGUUAAAAGAACUAGGAAAAGACAUCAAAUACAUUGAGUUUGAGGGUAGUGAGCAUGGAUUUUUCACCCAUGAUUCGUACUCAGAAGUUUCGGAAGAAGUCAUCCAAAUCCUCAAACAAUUCAUACUUGAAACUUCUAGUUAAUUAACUAAUUAGGAGAUCGAAGUACACACCUAGAGAACAAAUUAAAGGCAAUGAUGUAAUUAAGUUAAUUUAUCCAUGUUUUUGGCUUUUAGUAAAGUAGUUUGUGUGAAUAAAUAUUCGUCGAUAUUAGUUAAUGGUGUGCAAAGUUUGAGUGGAGAUUGUUGUCAACCACGUUCAUUUUCAAUUUUAGUGAUUUCUGGCAUGACUUGUGAAUUGUGUAAAUAUAUUGUUUUGGAGUGGAAAUUUAUAAAGUUCACAUUCGUAGAAAA